GUUAAUCGGACUGACUUUCUAGGUCAGGAUUGACCCUUGACCCGGUCACUUCUCCGGGUCGCCAAUGGGUCCAACUUUGUAAUUGGAUGUGGUGAAUGACAAAUAAAAAAUACAUCAUUAAUGUGAUAAUUAAGUAUGUAGUACUCCAUCCAUAUUUUAAAGUUUGCUACUUUCCCUAUUGCAUUUAUUUAAAAGUUUGCUACAUUUUCCUUAUUUUAGAUAAAACAUGACAAUCAUAUUUUAGAAUUUUCAAACAUGACAAUCCUAUUUUAGAAUUCUCAAACAUUUUUAGUCAUAUUUCAGGAAUUUAAAGUAAUUGAUGUUUUUUGAGAAGUGUAAGAGCAUAAUUUAUUGGUGCUUUUUUCAAUCACUGGAAUCACCCAAAAUAUAAGAUAUCAAAUCUUUACCUAAGAUCCCAAAAUGGCAGAAAUUUAUGAGUGUUUAUAUUUUUUGUCAAAAAUCACACCACAAGUCGAUUAGCCUAAAAGUGGUUUUUGUGUAUAUUUGUUUUUUGAGAUGCUUUUAUUUUAGUUAGAAAAUAAUUGGACUCGGUAUAAUUUUAUAUUAUUAUUUAUUUGAUGUACCUCACAACUGGAUGCCAUCUUUCUGGUAAUCAAAUUUAAACAUUAAAAGCGUAUUCAAUGGAGCAUAUUUUUAUACUAUGUAUUUCUUUGAUUCCUAUUUGGUUAAAGAACCAAAUUUAAUUAUUCGUUUGGAAUUUGUAGAGAACACUCUGACCAAGGCAAAAAACUACUCGUUGCUGACAGAGAACACUCUUUGCAGAGAACACUCUGACCAAGGCAAAAAACUAGUCGCUGCUGACAGAGAAAGAUAUCAGAAGAUGGUCCUUUUGGAAGCCAGCAACAAAGAUACCCUCUCUGCUAUUCAGAAACAACAAGGGAUGAUAGAAGGACUCACAUCUGUUACACAGACUCUACCAGAAGCCCUUGAACAGAUUGCCUCUACUCAAGCGUCAGAAUUCCAGAAACUCUCUCUCAUGAUUGGUGAUCUAGAUGAAGCCAAAAAGGGGGAAGAGGACCCUCAACAUCUUAAGCCUCGCCCUACCAGAGCUUCACCUAUUGAUCCCACUCCUUAUUAUGAAGCUACCUUUCAGAAGAAAAGGCCAGUUGGCAUUCCUAGACAUCCUUCUCCACCUAAGAAGGCCUCUAAGAAGAAGAAGGCCCUGAGUUUCAGAGAAUGGAGAUUGGGUGGAUCUCAAAGGAUUGAUAAAUCCCAAUUUGAUGACUCCUACUCAGCAGCAGAACCUAUAUCUUGACAGAGAUAGUCUUGUAAAGGUCAGACAUGGUGGUUCCUUGGAAGAAACUGAAUUUUGGUAUCUCAACAAAAUUCUUCCGGGAAAGGACAUUCAUGAAGGUGUCCUUAGUUAUCUAGAUUGCAAGCUCUCACCUAUCUGGGCCUCACAUCAGAGCACUGGCAAUCUUGUAGGAAUUCGAGAAGCUGUCAAUGCAGAGCUAAAGAGAUUGCAAGAAUUGGACGAUCACGCAAUGGUUGCAGCAACAAGGGAUAAUUUGUAAUGGACUAUUUCUACUCUAUCCCUUAAUAAAAGAACAUCUCUGCCUUUCAUUUUUGUAUGGCAAUUCAACUCCUUCUGUUCUUAUCUGAUAUGUAUGAUUGCUUUUCAAUUCUGUUUUUCUUGUUUUUAUCUGCUAUCUGAAUGUACCGUACUCUUACUAUUUUCCUAUGCUAAGUUGCCCACCAAGAUUUUAAAUGAAAAGUUUUUAACUUUAUUCCUUUAUGGUGAAAGGCACUUCUCUAGAAAUAGUUAAAGGGUUUUGGCAUCAUCCAAAAGGGGG